AUGCAUAUCGGGAAUUCUGCGAGAUUUCAAAGCAUAACGCUCCAUUGGUGUCAGCUCACGAUGAGGUCAUCAACUUCAACCACAUCUCCAACGAGGUCACAAUCGAGAUCUGUUGUGCACAAAGAUCAUGAUUCAACAAAGGUUGUUCAAGACGAAGAGGAUCUUGGGCUAGCCGCAAUGUCGUGGAAUAUUUAUAAAGGCUACGUGAAAGCAGCUGGUUCUUUCCUUGUUUGGGCCGUUCUUAUCUUCUCUUUCAUUCUCAACGUCGUCGCAACUCUUUUCGCUACAUAUUGGUUAAGUAGAUGGUUGAAGAAAGGACAUGGAGAAGAACUUGUGCACGAGAAUGGAACUGAAGUGUUGCGGGGUCAUACAUCAAUGGCUGACUCGCCAGACACUUCCUUUUAUGCAACUGUUUACGCAAUCUCUUUGGUGAUUCUCGCAGUCUCAGGAUUGUUUAAAGCGUGGAUGUUUGUAAAGGUUUCUCUAAACGCCGCUUCUCGUCUUCACAACAAUAUGUUUAAAGCAUUGAUGCAUGGUUGUGCGCUGUUUUUCGAUCAAAAUCCAACUGGAAGAAUCCUCAACCGAUUCUCAAAAGACAUGGAUGAAAUUGAUGUGAAACUGCCGUUCUCAAUCGAGGUGUUCUUGCAGAACAUGUUCACAUGUAUCGGCUAUCUCCUAGUAAUCGCUUGGGUAUUCCCACAUUUUCUCUUCGCCGCUGUCCCACUCUUUGGCAUCUUUCUACUCUUUGUCAUGUGCUUUAGAGCUGGAAUCCGAAGUUUAAAACGAUCAGAGAACAUCUCUCGAUCACCAUUAUUCGAUCAUAUCACAGCUUCAAUUGAGGGGAUAUCUGUUAUUCACAGUUAUGGUCAAACAAAUCGCUUUUUAGAGACAUUGAAGCAAAGAUUAGAUGCAAAUAGCGGUUCAAUGUUCAUGUUCCAAUCAGCAAUGAGAUGGCUAGCUGUUUGGUUGGAUCUUCUCGUUGUUGCAAUCACUUUCGUUGUUGCUUUGUGCAUUGUUUUACUUACCGGAAAAGUUUCUCCAGCAGACGCUGGAAUGGCCAUCACUUUUGCUAUUCAAAUGUCUGGUAUAUUCCAAUUCGCUGUGAGAACUCAAACAGAGAUGGAGGCUAAAAUGACAUCAGUUGAACGAGUUGUCUAUUAUGCUCAAAAUAUCACAAAAGAAGGUGAAUGGAAUACGCUGAAAGGAACUGAUGUUCCAAGUGGAUGGCCAUCAAAGGGACAAAUUGAUUUUGCUGAUGUUAAACUUCGUUAUCGUCCAAACAUGGAAAUGUCACUUAAUGGAAUCACUUUCACUAUUAAAGCAAAGGAAAAGAUUGGAAUUAUUGGAAGAACUGGAUCAGGGAAAUCUUCGCUUGCCAAUGUCCUUUAUCGGCUUUAUCCAGUGAGUUGGGGUCAAAUUUACAUUGAUGGAGUUGACAUUACGACAAUUGGAUUGCACACGUUGAGAAGAUCUAUGGCAAUCAUUCCACAAGAUCCAGUCCUUUUCGCUGGUUCAAUUCGAUCAAACCUUGAUCCAGCUGGAGUCUUCACUGAUGAACAAAUUUGGAUCUCUCUUGAGAAAACUCAUAUGAAACGACAAGUACAACGACUUGAAAAGGGAUUGGAAUCUGAGGUUAUUUCCGGUGGAGAGAACUUCUCGGUCGGUGAGAGACAGCUGCUUUGCAUGGCACGCGCCUUACUCAUGAAGUGCAGAAUCGUUGUACUCGACGAGGCAACGGCUUCGCUUGACGCCAACAUGGACAAAUUGAUUCACCAAUGCUUACGUGACUGCUUAGCCGAUUGUACAGUUCUCUUGAUCGCUCACAAGUUAGAGAACAUUGCUGACUGUGAUCGAGUACUUUUGAUGGAUGAUGGACGGAUGAUCGCUUUCGAUGAGCCGAGCCUUUUACUGAAAAAAACUGGAGUUGAGUUGAAGAAAGUCGUUGAAGAAGAUGCUCCACUUCCGGAAGAAACAAUUCGACAAGCUCUUGACUCAUCAAUCAUCAUCAUUGAAAAUGAUGGCACUCAAUCGUUAGCCUCUGGUGAUACAACAGCUACACCAAGAAUAGAUCAUGAAAAAGCGAUUGAAAUCGAAGACGUGUCAAAUAUCUCGGUGAAAUCGUUGGAAUUGGUAAAGACUCCAUCAAGAGAAUCACCAGUUAUGAUCGAGAAAGAACAAUCAUCACAAUCAGAUGAUCCAGAUGUGGAAAUAGUUGAAGAUGAGGAUGAGAAAAGGGUUGUCGCCUUAGAUGAUGAGAAGAAGAAUUCACGAGAAGAUUCACCCACAUCAUCGACAGAAGAUCACGUAGUUGUCAUCAAUUCGAUUCAUAUGUUCAUACGGGCUUAUGAAACAUUAAAUGCUAAUUAUAUGGAUACUUUAAAGUUUAGAUAUUCUGCUAGAGUUUUUCUU